CAACAAACUACUCCUUCAAGCCUCUCGACGCUUGUUCCUCAGUCCCGAGGUCUCCUACGUUGUAUUCAAGAGCCACGAUGGCUCUCUAAGCACCGCGCCCGCGUUGUUUGAAAAUGUCUACCCUACCCAUUGACAGCUUCAGCAAGCCUACGAGUCCGCAGCAGUUCUCUUCGUUCCAACACAGCCCUCCCUUCUUCCAAGACCCGCAGCCCUAGGAUGGCCGCAACCUACAGCCUGGCUACGUCGCCGCUCACGCGGUCGACUCCUAUACCAUUCAGCACCAAGCGUGUGCCGUCUGGCCGCUCCUCGGGCGCCCUUCCGGUCCCGGGCUCCCAGGCUCGGCUUUCGGGCGCGGGGGCCGUAGCGCUCGACGGCUUGGAGGGAGGUCGCGAUGACUGGCAUCAACGUUACAGCCUCUCUACCAGCGGACGGAGGCGUUCCGUCGCAAGCGGCUCUCCCUCCAACACUGGCAGCUCGGAGGCCAAAAAUGUUGUGAUGGCGAGCAACAACGUGACGGUCGGCUUUAGUGUCGGUGCCAGCUCCAGUGCGUUUUCAGACGCUAGCUCGUUUUCGUUUCCGGCGCGGUCAGCCCCGGCGGGACCAGUCGCCCGGCCUCCCCGAACUGGCGUCAGUCUACUCAGUCGCGCGCUCAGCACCGGCGAGAAGGAGCAGGACCUUCUGGCGCACCUGCCGCCGGUGCUGCCGAGUACAGAUGCGGCCGACCCGCUGCUGUUUUUUCCGGGCAUUCCCCUGGAGCUUCUCCGCGAGGCGCAGGCUGAGUUUCCCAUCUUCAACAACGAGCUGCUGGUGCACGCGUAUGGCCUCGCCGCGCGCGCGCAUCAAAACCAGCAGCGCAAGAAUGGGGAGUCGCUUCUGAGCCACUGCGUCGCUGUCGCCAAAACCGUUGCGGGCCUGGGCCUGGACGCGGAGACCGUGGCGGCUGCUCUGCUGCACGAGUGCGUGGACAUGGUUUCCCGCUCCCAGCUGGAGGAGUUCAUGCCCCCCAGCGUUGUCAGUGUCCUGGAGCACGUCAACACUAUCAGUGAGAUGAGCCGCCUGUACCGGCAGCACAGCGCCACGGGUUCGUUCAGCGACGAGACCUUCCAGCGCUUGCUGGUGGGUUUUGAGGACGUCAAGGCGGUCAUCGUGAAACUGUCGGACCGGCUGGCUGAGCUGCGUACCAUCAGCGUUCUGCCAGCUGACCGCCAGGCCGCGCUGGCUCGGGAGACCUUGGAGGUAUACUCUGUGGUUGCCAACCGCCUCGGCGUGUGGUGCUUGAAGGCGGAGCUGGAGGACCUGGCAUUCAGCGUCCUGCACCCCCAGGAGUAUAACUGGCUGAAAGAGGCGGUGCGGACGAGGCAGGACCCGGUGGCGCUGGAGACCGCCAUCAACUCGAUCAAGGGCGCCCUGCAGGCGCAGGGCGUUGCGUACGAGGACAUCAGCGGGCGGCCCAAGAACCUGUACGGCAUCUUCAUGAAGCUGCAGAAGGACGGCAAGCCGUUGACGAUCGAGUCGCUCAACUCGCUGUACGACCUGAUGGCGCUGCGCGUGGUCGUGGCGCACAAGCACGAGUGCUACACGGCGCUGCGCGCGGUGCAGAGCGUCUACCGUGUCAUGCCCUCCCGCAGCAAGGACUUCAUCAAGGACAUCAAGAAGCCCAACGGCUACCAGUCUCUGCACGAGACCGUGUACGGCGAGGGCGACGUGCCUGUCGAGGUCCAGAUCCGCACGCACAAGAUGCACUACAUCGCAGAGUACGGCUUCGCGGCGCACUGGAAAUACAAGGAGCAGAUGGACAGCGAGGACGAGUGGCUUGAGAAGGAGACGCAAUACAAGCGUUGGCUGACGCAGUACAAGCUGCGCGUGCACGACAAGAAGGUGCGGCCGCAGGGCAGCCCGCCCACGGACAGCUCUCUCAAGUCGCUGGGCGUGGCGUACAUGGACAUGCCGGAGGAGCAGCAGCGCGGCCUGCUGGAUCCCUUCCUGCAGCACGAGCGCUUCAAACUGCAGGUGCCCGCCAAGACCGAGGUCAGCGUGCUGCUGCAGACCUGCGACGGCAUCGAGACCAAGGACUUCCCGCUGGGCACCACCGCCAACCAGCUGUGGCGCGACCUAGGCCUGGGCGCGCAGCCCGGCUAUGCUCUGACCGUGAACAGCCGCCUGCCCUCUGGCGAGGCCGCGCUGCAGAGCGGCGACCUGGUGCAGGUGCUGCCGCUGUCGACCAUCCUGUCGCGCAGCCCGCCCCAGUCAGCGCCGCUGGCUGCCGUUCUCGAGGACUGGGAGGAAGAGCAGGCGCACGCGGCGGCAGAGGCGGCGGCGUUAGCAGCUUCAGCCAACAACUAUCUGGAGGUGUACAGCCGGGACGGGAUGACCACCUGGAGCAUGGGCCCGAACGCAGGCGCCGCCGUGCCGGCGGGCAUGUAAGCACAUACGUGGGCAGCAGCCUGCCCCGCGUGCGCGCGCGGUCACCUGCCCAUCGUCGCCCGGCCGCUGCCAAUUGGCGGCGGGUUGUGCUGGUGCAUGUGGUGGAUAAUGAUAUCUUGACGCAGCGACGUGUGGGCCGGACGCGCGCCCAUGUUUGUUGGAGUCCGCGGCCCCGCAGUCCUGCCGCUCAUGUGCGGACCGGGACGCAGGGCAUGUUUCGGUCUAGGCUCUCUGUGGAUGCACUAGACUUGUAUGUGGCCAAGUGCCUGAUAGCGGCUCCACUUGUACCAUUAGUUUGUGACACUUUGACGCUUUAUACAUGUGCUUUGCGUGAGUGCGGUGUACCCUUAUGACUCAGACAACUUAACUUUGCAGUCCUGCGCACUUGCACGUGUGGCUUGGUCAAUACCAGUGCGAGUGCACCCACCUCGCACUUGAGACCGCGUCGCUCUUGUCUUCCUCACAGCGCAUGGAAUCUAUUACAUCGUGUGACUUGUCUGCACGGGAUAGUUGAAUAGGGAGAUGUGUAUCUUCCACUUGUACCUUCGUCCGUAUCAAAGUAGGCGGGAGCGGUUGGAUCGGGCUCGUGAACCAGUGCCGGUGAUGGUGACCUGCGGCUGCCCCCGCGCAAUCAACGGCGCCUCCCGGCCUCGGCCCCAAGCAGUACAUGCCGGCAUAACAACGAAGGCGACAUUGGAUCUUCAUUACGCCCUGUCGAGAUGCGGAAGCGGCUGGUGAGGUGCUUCACUGCGCGGUGGCAACAGCGGUGGUGGGCAGUUGCGCAUAUGAUUGAUGGGGCGACAGUAGCGUAGGGCCACAGCGAUUGUACCAACACCAUAGGAGUGCGGGCAUGUCAGGACGUGUGUGCGUUGUGUCUGCAGGUUUAGAGUGUCUCGGAAGUGUGACGGUGAUACGCGAUGGGACGCGGGUGUGGCGCGUCAGCGGGCGACUACAUCCACGGGGGCUCGAACUAGGAGUGCAACGAGGCGAGAAGAACAAGCAGUACAAAAGGCUGGGCGGUAGUCAAUGUGUGCACCAAAGACGACUGGCGGGUGGCAGUGCCCUAUUGGGCUGCUGCCAGCGAUGAUGUGCAGCACCAACUACAGAGCUCCUUGCGACGCCUGUGUGGAUGGUUGACGUCGUGACGCGGUGCGCGGAUGAUGAUUCAUUCCCUACAAAAUUCUUCCUAGAGGUAUGUGGAGAACACGGAACUUGCGGGAGCCAUAGCUACCGUACAAACAAUUUGGUGCACAAUACUUGCGAAGUUGAUGGGCCCCAAGCAUCACCGGGGCAUGCAGUCGAGUUGCGUGUAUGUUAUGUUGCAGACUCGGGAGGAGUGAGUGCAGAGCAACAUCCAGCUGCACGGAGGCUAACGGAGCGGUCCACUGUAACAGUAGUCCUUG